AUAUUUUAUUUUGUCCAAAGUGUGUUUCUCGGUAUCUAACUGAAAUGUCCUUUGUUCAGGUUUCGGCAUUUCUUCACUGCUGAUUGGUGCAGCUGUCGGUGCUGGUGCCAUGAUGAUGAUAUUCCUCAUAAUGCAGCACAUUCUAAAGAAGAAGAGACACAGACAGUGUUCUGGAAGUAGAAUGAAGGACAGCGAAGGGAUCAUACUGACAGAUGGGGCGGCCGCUCAAGAUGAGGAAUCGAUCUACGCCAACAAGACCAUGCUGUCGGGCGCGGGUGCGGUGGAAAAGGGGGACGAGGGCGCCCUGCACUAUGCCACCGUGGAUUUCUCCAAACUUCCCGGCACGGGUGGGGAACACGGAACGGGCAUCGUCCUGGGCACUUCCAAACGGACGUCCGACUACGCCAUGAUCCGACACAAAUCCAGGGAAGAGAGAGAAGGAGGAGAGGAAGAAGGUGAGGAGGUGCAGGAGGAGAUGGGGAAGGAGGGCCAAGCUGAGCUGGGCACAGAGAGGGAGUCAGCCGAGGCGGGGGGCAAGAAGGAGGAGGAGUCUCGGCCAAAUCUGAGCACACAGGCCUUCGUCAACCCAGAGCCCACGGAGGAGGCCACCUAUGGGAACAUCUGCCCCUCCAGGCCCACUAAGAGGGCACGGCAGGGACUGCAGCAGCCGCUCGGGAACCCUGCUUCAGAGGAGGAGCAAGAGGAGCAGUGCCAGGAGGAGAACUCAGCAGGAGGCCAGGAGGACAUUUACGUGGAUAUCAUGAGCCCCCUGACGGAGGGUAACGGAAAGGGAACGGAGGAGAGUGCGUACGCCGAGGUCAGGAAACCCAAAUAAGUCACCAUGGAGAUAGGCCAACUCAUCACACCACGCUGCACUCUCAUAAUGCCAGGUUUUACUUUACAGCACGAUACAUAACGUGCGUUAUGUUGCAGUACAGAUGUUACAUUAUAGUGUCAUACUGAAGUACAGUAACUUAUGGGGUCCCAAAUGCAACAUAAAACUAUUAUUUUACCAUGCAUUUUCUUCUGCAUUUAACUGAAAUAUCCCUAUUUCUCUCAGAUUUAAUGGAAAAAGUCUUACAUUUAUUGUUUUUGAAUUGA